AUGGUGUAUCCCAUCACCAGCUGCAGGUCAUGGCUACCCAUCGGCUCCCCAGCCACGACCCCAGCGCUUCAGGUGGAAGGCAUCUUUGCCCAUCCCGUGCUGGCGCUGCGGACCCUUCGGGAGGUGAAGUUGUUGGCUCAUCUCCAGCAUCCCAACAUCCUCUGCUUGCACGAGCUGUACUUGGAUGGACCCAGCUUCAAGGAUGCCUAUUUGUGCUUGGAGAGGAUGGAUGGAGACCUCCAUUUGUUGAUCCAUGGCACCAAGAACUACCUCAGUGAUCACCAGGUACAAUGUGUGUUGUACCAGAUGCUGAGAGGGCUCCUGUGUUUGCGAUGUGCAAAGGUGAUCCACAGGGAUUUGAAGCCCGGCAAUGUCCUGGUACGAUCUGGCGGAGAGGUGAAGAUUGGAGACCUGGGCUUAGCUCGUGGCAUUGACUCCGAUGAGGAUGGACAUGAUGAGCUGAUGCUGACGGAAUAUGUGGUGACCCGAUACUACCGGGCGCCAGAGGUGGUUCUCACAGCUUCCAAGUACACCUAUGCAGUGGACAUGUGGUCCACUGGCUGCAUCCUUGGGGAGAUGCUCACGCGCAGGCCCAUCUUUGAGGGCAAAGAUUCCCUGGACCAAGUGAAGAAAAUCAUCGGGGUGCUCGGCUGCCAAGCUCACGAGGACUUGGCCUGGAUUCCGGCCUCAAGUUCGGCGCAGAAGUUUGUGCAGAUGUGCAACAAGUCUGUGCCUCCGACAGAUCAGGGCCUCCUGAAUCUGACGAAGCGGCGAUCUGGCCCUCCAACCAAUCCCUUGGCAGUGGACAUGCUGGUGCAGAUGUUGCGCUUCGAUCCAUCAAGGCGGGUUGGCGUGGAGGAUGCACUGGAGCAUCGCUUCUUGAAACAAUUUGUGCCCGCGGAGGAUGCCGAGGUGGCAUCAGCCAGGAAUACUCCUUCAAUGGAUUGGACUUUCGAUGCAUCUCUUUGCUUUGACCGGACUUCGGGUCGACCAAAGCCGUUUCAGGUGGACGAAUUUCGUCGAACCUUUGUUGAAGCUGGAAUCUGA